UAGGGAGGUAGUCCCUCCAUCACCAACAACAACACCACCACCAGCUGGAGGCUGCACGUGGCCGCCUCCCUCCUGUUUACCUCCACUCUUAACUCCCUCCUCCACUCCUCCACAUUACAUCAACAUGGAGUAUAUCCCUCCAGUACCAGCAACUGUUGGAGUAAUCCUAUGCUGUGAUUGUGGUGCCCAGAUACAACCAAAUCCCACAAAUCGAUGUAUUGCCUGCAUAAGAGCCCGCAAUGAUAUUUCUGAAGGAAUUCCGAAACAAGGCAAUCUCUAUUUCUGUCGUGGAUGUGAAAGAUAUUUGGACCCUCCUGCUGCAUGGAUAUCAGCUUCCCUCGAGUCAAAAGAAUUGUUGAGAGUGUGUUUGAAGAAGAUCAAGGGACUCAACAAAGUGCGGCUAGUUGAUGCUGGCUUUGUAUGGACCGAAGCUCAUUCUAAAAGGAUCAAGGUGAAGCUUGCCGUGCAGAAGGAGAUCCAGGCUGGGGCAGUACUCCAGCAGGAAUUUAUCGUCGAGUUUGUUGUGGUGGGUCAGAUGUGCGAUGAUUGUCACAGAGUGGAAGCCAAGGAUUUCUGGCGAUCAGUUGUACAGGUGCGACAGAAGAUAGACCACAAGCGGACGUUCUACUACCUAGAACAGUUGAUGCUGAAGCACAGAGCUCAUGAGAAGACUUUAGGCAUCAAAGCAGUUCAUGAGGGCCUAGAUUUCUUCUAUACCAAUGAGCAGGGUGCAAGACAUUUGGUAGACUUCCUUAUGUCAGUUGUUCCCUGUCGUUGGACACAGUCGAAGAAACUUAUCUCUCAUGAUAUUCACUCUAACUCCUACAAUUAUAAGUUUACCUUCAGUGUUGAAAUUAUACCUCUUUGUAAAGACAGUGUGGUGUGUCUACCUCCCAAGUUAGCUCAUCAACUCGGUGGCAUUGGCCAGAUAUGCGUUGUUCACCGUGUCACCAAUCAAUUUGGAUUAAUUGAUCCUGCUACUGCGCAACUGGCAGAAGUAAGCAGCACUGUGUUUUGGCGAACACCCUUCAACGCGCUCUGCACUUCAAAGAAACUAACGGAGUUUGUCGUGAUGGACACAAGUGAAGCCAGCGUGAAGCAUUUCAGUGGUCAGGGUCAGAUUUCUAAGAAGCAUCAGGUAGCAGAGGUUUGGGUACAACGAGCUAAUGAGCUUGGCUCAGACAACAUGAUCUUCUGCAGAUCGCAUCUUGGUCACAUUCUUAGCCCUGGAGAUACUGUUUUGGGCUUUGACCUUCGGUUGUCAAAUAUUAACGAUGCAAACGUAGAUAAGAUGAACCCAGAUUUGGUUCCUGAUGUUGUACUUGUGAAGAAAAUCUUUGCUGAUAAGGCGACACGAAAUCGUCGUCGGCGUUGGAAGCUGAAGCACCUUGGUCUCGAUGACGAUGCUAACAGUCAAAAUAUGGAUUACACCGAUUUCCUGGAGGAUCUGGAGGAAGACCCACAGUACCGCACCAACAUCAACAUUUAUCGUGACGAUGCCAAGAUGGCUAAACAAGACACUGAAAGUGAAGCAGGAGAAAUUCCCCAAGUAGGAUUGGAGGAAAUGCUUGACGAUCUACAUAUUUUGGAAGGUCCAACAGAAGAUGAGGGAGCAGAGAUGAUAGAAUAGUCAUUUGUACUACAUGAAUUACUAGCUUAAGAUUUCUAUUGCUGUAUUUAAAGGUUUUCAAUUUGGUUGAAAAAUGUAUUGACUUUAUUGUAUACUUAGUAUUGUAUAAUAAUAUUCAUAAUAUGUAGAGAAUUCUGAAAUACAGAUGAAACUGAAAA